GCUCAUAAAGGACCAAUUCAAAAAAUUUUGAGCGACCCUAUCAACCAAACAACGUUGUAUUCUUGCUCAGAUGACUCAACGGUAAAGGUUUGGGACCUCAGGUCUUCGUUAUCAACUCCUCAACAUGUUUUGAUCAAUUCUAGGAAUUUACCAUUUUUCAGCAUGGAUGUAGGGCAUGGCCUCAUAUCGGCAGGAUCACAGUUGAAAGGAACGGACUCAGAACUUGUGUUGUGGGACACAAGGAAACUAGAUGGGCCUCUACGCUCUUUCAUUGAUUCUCAUAAUGAUGAUAUCACUGACACAAAAUUCCAUCCUACCAGAAAAAAUAUACUGUUGAGUGGCGCAACCGAUGGAUAUGUCAAUGUUUAUGAUCUCGAAGUUAUAGAUGAGGAUGAUGCACUAUUACAAUGCAUUAACUACGCUAGUGUACAUUCUGCUGGGUUUACUACAGAAAAUAGAGUGUAUGUUUUGAGUCAUAUGGAGACUUUUUCCAUGUUUGAUCUUAGUUCAAAAGAAGAUAUUGAUCCUGAAUCUGUGAGUGAAAGCUCCUCACCAAGGAGCAACACUCAAAAAAGGGGUGACAAAGAUUUUGGUGAUAUAAGAGAAGCUUGGGAUUGUGAAUACGUUAUCGAUUUAUAUUCCCCUGGGUAUGUUGCUUGCGGAUCAAAUUCCAAAAAUUUACUGAAGAUUUUUCAGUUUGAUGCAGAGAAAGAAGAUUUUGAUCCUUGUAACGCACAGCAAUUGGUUUUUGAGGGAGGACAUGGAGAAGAAGUUGUCAGAGAUAUUGCUAUUUACAACAGUACUAUCUUCAGCGGGGGUGAAGACAACGUUGUUUGUGCUUGGAAUGGUGAAGGU